AUGGUUCUCAAUUCUCUCAUAAGUUAAGAGCUGGAAAACAGCUAUAUGUCAAGACAAAUUAUUUAAAGAAUUUCAAGAGAACCUUAAUAUUUGUAGAUGCUGAAACAUUUUGUAAAUAUGGAAAAAGCAGAUGCCAGAACUGUAAAUCUUACACAUAUUGUAAGACACAAGAAUUCACUUUCUUUGGAAAUACAGAAUCAGAUUGCAAAAAAGUUUUGAAAAAAUUAGUUCAACCUUCUGAUAAUGAUUCCUAUUUAAGAUAUAGUAUAAAUGUCUGUGAAUAUUGUGAUUCAUAUUUAACAGCACUUUACCAAGGCCAAAGCUAUGAUGCUCUUUUAGAUAGUGAUCAGGAAGAGCAACUUAAACAUAUGAUUACUGUAAAUUAUCUAAAAAAGAAAAUGCGACUUAAUCUAUUACAUUUUGAAAAUUCUAAAAAUUAUUACUCUCUUGUGACUAAAGAUGAAUUUGAAAGUCUAAAAUCUAUAUGUGAUUUAUAUGAAUCAAACAUUUUCUCUUUCCCUUAUGAAUUAAAAAUUAAAUCAAGUAGACAAAAUUAUAGGUUUAACACUUGUCCUUGUUGUGGAAAAAUUGAACUUGUUUUUGUGAAAAAGACUAAUUUACUUAUCAAAGAAACCAUCAAUUAUUGUGAUGUUUAUAAUUCACCUUUCACUAAUCAAGUUAAAGGAGAAGAUUUCAAAAUGAGAUUUCUUGAUCAUGAUCAUUUAUCAAAAUUUUUCAAUCAUUAUGAAUAUGAUUACACAUUAUUUGAUAAAAUAAAAUCUUUAUCAUCUGUUGACAAAACAUUUUAUGAACUUAUUACAAGUAUUUUAUUAAACAUUUCAGUAGAAAAUAUAAAUAAUAAAUUCCAAAUACAAAUAAAUGAUGAGCUUAAAGAAUGUAAGAAAGAAAUUUUUGAACAAUAUUUAACAUUGUUCAAAGAUUGGAUUAUUAGUGAA